GGGAGUGAAGAUGGUGCCUCCCCGCCCGCCCGCCCGCCCGUGUCGCACCCAUGCCAUGCCUACGCUCCAGAUGUCAUGGGAACCGGUAACAGCUGGGGCUGCUGCGCGGCCUGCGUCUGGAAGGCUGCUCCAUCUGCAGAAACCCAAUCCCUCUGUGAAACCAGCAAAGGAUUAGCUACUUUUGAUAAGGUCCUCAAGACAAUUCUAUUACCAUAGCACAUCUGCAGCCCCGUGGGCAAACCUGGGACGUGUUUGUGACUCAUGCACAUGUCACAUGCUGCCAUGAGUUUGUGUACAUCAUCAGAAAGCGUGUGCUCCCUGGCUACGAGACGAUGCCGCUGGUCCCGUUGCAUCGGCCGUGCUAAUCUAGUCCUUUACAGAGAUUAUUAUAAUUCUAGAGCAACGUAAGUGUUCAGCAGUUUACACAUUGAGACUGCGUUGUGGUCUCACUGAGGUCAUGGUGACUUGGGGGGAAAAAGGGGGAGGAGAAUUGUGGAGGAAAAAAUGGACAGAUGUACAGAACUCUUAAAUUUGAGAGACAGCUAGACGAGGAGGCGCGUUGCAGAUGGGGAGAUAGCUGGCAUUUCAGCAAUGCUUUCGUGCAGAGGGCUCUUUGCUUUGAAUUAAUUUUGGAUUCAUCGCAAAUAGCAUUUAAACAGUUAUUUAUUCAUUUUAAAUAGUUUGCUUCACUUUUCAAUCUCCUGUGCGCCUCCAAGGCGCAGGUGGAGCCGCCAUGUCCACCAGCUCCGCAGCCAGCGACGGCGAGGACUUGUACGAGACUUUCCCCGCGCGGCCCGCACCGCCUUUGGACAGAACCCGUCGGAAAACCACCUGCCGGUGCUCGGACGGGGAGCCGGAGGACGGAGCGGCGGGCGCGAGGCGCAGCCGGGCGCGGCAGAAGGACGCGCGGCAGACGCAGAGGAACGCGGCCAACGCGCGGGAGAGGGCGCGCAUGAGAGUGCUGAGCAAGGCGUUCUCCAGGCUGAAAACCAGCCUGCCCUGGGUGCCGGCGGACACCAAGCUGUCCAAGCUGGACACGCUGCGGCUCGCCUGCAGCUACAUAUGUCACCUCCGACAGCUGCUGCAGGACGACCGCUUCCAGAGCGGCUUUGCGCAUCCAGUCGGCCUGACGUGGCCAUUCUUGAUGACAGGGCGAGCAGAGGACCCGGAGCCCUCGUCCAGCGGAAGACUGUGUGGAGCCUCUGCGUAAAGACACCUGUCUCCACGGAGAAGACAAUGAGAAGCGCGCAUGCGUCUGCAUCUCUGGCCAAUUGUUAGGAGCGUGUUUGCUGAAAUCAGUAUCAAGGCCCGUUUACACUGAGUGUAUUUUUCUUCCUAUUUUAAAUCACUGGAUUUCUGUUUGAUAGACAUGAAUCUCUCUUCUCUCUCACUGAACGUUUCCAUGUAAACAUCGUGGUCGAUCAUAGAACGUUCCACCUCAGCAGCACUCUGCUGAACGCGUUGGACAGAUGUUCCGGUUUAUCACAGCCACAUGUGCAGCUGGUUGCUCCGUCUAUUUAUUGUGUAAUAUACUGCAGCAUUAGUGCUUUGAAAUGUUUGCCCUUAGACAGAGGUUUGGUUGUGGUUCCUGAUGUUAAACGUGGUAAUUCCACAGCAUGCACAUGAUAGUGUUUACUCUGGAAGCUGUUUACAGGUUGAUGUUUGUUAAUGACUGUACAGCACGUCUCAUACACACGUCCUCACAGGAAACAAACCAAAUAAACAAAGUUGUACAGUAAG